UCAGUCCUUUAGUACAUUUUCAAACACCAGCUCUCUGUCUCUCAGGAUACAGUCUUCUGCACUAGGCUUCACAUCCUCAGAAUGGGCGACAGUUACAUCCGCCAUAUUGAGCUUCUUGGCUUUGAGAGAAGGUUUUUUCCCAGCCAGCACUACGUUUACAUGUUCUUGGUGAAAUGGAGUGACCUGUCAGAGAAGCUGAUCUACAGAAAAUUUUCUGAGAUCUAUGCCUUCCAUAAAGCACUGAAGGAGAUGUUCCCUAUUGAAUCCGGAGACAUUGACAUCAAAGACAGGAUCCUCCCCCCACUGCCAGCUCCUAAGUGGUUUGACAAUCAAAAGACAACAGAGACGCGGCAGGGCACGCUGGCUGAGUACUGCCACUCUCUGAUCAACCUGCCACCCAAGAUCUCACGCUGCCAGCUGCUGCUGAGCUUCUACCAGGUGCGCGAGGAGGACGAGAACCCGCCAGCGCCACACCCGUACAAGAAGAAUGAAACCUAUCUGAUGGCUAAAGACAAUUCAAGGAGCAACACGUCAGAGAUCACAGGACCCAUCAUACUGCAGACCUACAGAGUCAUCGCAGACUACAACAAGGGCUCCAAGUACCAGCUCAACCUCAAGGAAGGAGAGCAAGUGGAUAUAGUGGAGAAGAGUACCAAUGGCUGGUGGUUCUGUCAAUGUGAGUCUCGCCGUGGCUGGGUCCCUGCUUCCUACCUGGAGCCACUAGAGGGCCCUGAUGAGACAGAGGAGCAAGAGCCCAACUAUGCAGGGGAGCUGUUUGUCACCACGAAGGCCUACACUGCUGAGCAGGAUGACGAGCUCACUCUGCAGGAGGGAGAGACCAUUGAGGUGAUCCACAAGCUGCUGGAGGGCUGGUGGGUCAUCAGGCAAGGAGAGCAGACAGGACACUACCCCUCCAUGUUCCUGAGGAAGUCUGGAGAGAUCCGGGCUGCAGAUACUGAGAGAGAAUUCAAUCGGAGAACUACUCCCCCGCCUAGGAGAUCCACGAUUCGGAAUGCUAAGAGUAUUCACACACGGGGCCGGCAGAGAAUUAGCCAAGACACAUACCGUCGCAACAGCCGUCGAUAUCUACACCAGCGUGGCCAGCGAGAGGCUCACAGCACCCCUGCAAACCAGCGCCAAAAGAUGCAAAGUGUGCAAGAGAGCCAGGCCAACAAUGAGAACAAUAACCAGAAUGGCAGCAACCCACCUCUCUCAGACCAGACAAAGGCACUCCCCACUGUGCCCCCUCGUCCUAGCAAAGAGGUCAUCCUGGAGCGAUGUACUGAGCACACACGCAAGAAGGUCAGCAUCCGAUACACCAUCUGAAAGCUGCCGGCACAGCGCCCCCUGCUGCUGGGAGGAGCACACAGUCCAUCUGUAUUCAGUGUGAGUCCAGACUGGGCUAUUUCAAAAGGAAGCUGGAUCACAUAUUUUCUUUCCCAUAUUUCAGGUUUCAGAGCUCUUUGUGGAACUGCUUUAUGACACAUCCAUAAAUUCAAAACAAGCCUCCUUUGUUUUGUGUAUUCUAUAUUAGGUUUAGUUAUGUAUAGUUUGAUAUUAAUUUAAAUUAGCCUAUUUUUCAGUACCACUGCGCAAGAAAGGCAUUACCUUUGCUGUAUCCCGUGUUGUCCAUAUCUCACUGUUAUAUGUUUAAAUAUAUUUUUGACUCUUUUCAAAAUCACACAUCAUGGGUCGUAAAAUGAACUGGGGAAUACAUUUCUCAGCACCGUCAACAGGAGGAAGACAAUUUAUAUUCUAAACAUCGUGUGCAUCCAGAACAUGCUCCCUCCUACAACAAUGCUGGUUUCUGUUUUCACAAUGCACCGCUCAUUUCACCAGUAUUGUUGCAGGAGGGAAUAUGAAGUGGAUGCAAUGUUUAGAAGAAAAGGGUCUUUCUCGUGGUGUGGCAGGGCAGUAAAGCCCUGCGUGUAAAUAGCGGGCAGGGCAAAGCCCUGCUGAUAAAUAUGUUGUAUUGUGGUGAUUUUUUCUUGAUGUAUGGUAUGAUUUAAAUAUGUUAUUGUGAGGGUAUUUAUAAUAAUGGGUUGCUUGUGAAUGUAUUGUAUUAUUAUUAUUUAAAAUGUAUUAUUGUUUGGUUUGGAUAUGGUCUGACAGAGGCGAUGGACAUCUCGUGAGAAUGCAUGAUCAGCAGCGAAUUAAUUAACAGAGUGGAUGUCAACCACGCAGAUAUCAAUCUUGUGCAGAAUGUGACCAUCUCCAGGUUGAUUCAUUUAUUACUAAUCUGGAGAUGGUCACAUGUAUAUUAAAAACCCAGAGCUUUGGCUGAACAUGGUGGGUGUUCAAGGAGGAAUGGGAGCGAGAGAGAGGAGAAAGAUUGAAAGCGAAAGUUAAAAGAUUGCUAAGCGUGCUGGAAGACCAGCACGGUACUUGUUUGGGUGGAGGUCUGUUUUUGUUUAAACUUUUAUUUUGGCUCUGUGAGCAUUGUUUUUUUGUUCAAACCAUUGUUUAAUAAAAACGCGCACCAGCGCUUUCAACCAGCA